CUUGACUCAAAUACCAGGAACUACUCGGCCGGCACAAAGCGAAGCUUUUGGGGGGCUGAAAAACCCGCGCCCCCGCCGGCGCGCGCGCACACACACGGGCGUGAAAGCCCAAAAUCCGCCGGCAUGGGAAAGGAGGAGAAGAAAGACCGGCACAGCACGGCCCCGAAUAGCCAGACAGGGAAGGCACCCGGAGGGGAGAAAAGCAGCGACUCGACGCAGGAGCCCGCGAUGAAGAAGAAGAAGAAGCAGAAGAAAGCCAAGGGGGAUCCCAAAAGUGGCCGGGAGGAGGAGGAAUCCCACACUUGUUGUGGCUGCCGUUUCCCGCUGCUGUUUGCCCUGCUGCAGCUGGCGUUAGGCACCUCUGUAACAGUGCUGGGCUUCCUUAUGGCAGGCAUCAGCUCUUCUCUGCUAGUCAGAGACACUCCAUAUUGGGCUGGGAUAAUUGUGUGUGUGGUGGCCUUAGUGGGAUUUGUUAUGCUUUGUGUUUCUUACCAACCCGAUGAGAAGACGUGUGCACAGUUCACAGUGAAGCUGCUGUAUUUUCUCCUGAGUGCCCUGGCUCUGGUUGCCUGCGUCCUGGCAGUGGCUUUUGCUGCCCACCACUACCUGCAGCUGACCCAGUUCACCUGUGACACCAUCCGGGAUUCCUGCCAGUGCAAGCUGGACCCUGCGGACCCCCUGGGCCGCACCUUCGUGUACCAGGACACGUCUGACUGCAGCAGCCUGACCAGCCUGCUCAGCCUGCACCUCCUCCUGCAGAUGGCUCUCAACCUGGUGGCAGCCCUGCUGUGCCUCCUGAUGUGCUUCGUGGUGUGGAAGCACCGCUACCAGGUCUUCUACGUGGGCGCUCGCUUCCAGCCUCUCGCUGCCGCGCAGGGGCAGCACGUGUAGGGUUGGGGCUGGCUGGGGUUUUGGCCAGGGGUGGGCUGACAAGGGAUUGUGGCCAGGGAUGGGCCAGCAGAGGGUUGUAGCCAGGGAUGGGGACUGCCACCGCAGAGGGAUGGGCGCUUGGAAGGUGUUGGAAGAGGCAAAACGCUCACACAGCUUUAAUUUUUCAAUCAUUUCGGGAGCAUUUCGUAGGGCUGCUCUUGAGAAAAUGCCUCUUGUGAGAUGAGCUAGAGGUCACAGAGUCCUAAAGAUGCAGCUGUACAAAUGCUCCCUGAAGAGCAUCUUUAACUGCC